GUCUCGUUCAAUGUGCACUAUUGUACUUACUAUGUAGAUAUAAUAGACUUAAAGGAAAACUUCGCUACAGGUGGGAUUAAAAUGGAAAUCAUUCACUUUUCUGUGCUACAAACAUUUUUCUUGAUUCUAUCAUUUUGUUUUGUUAUUGGGAAUAUAAAAAACGGCUGUAAAGAGAAAAGUUUAGAGGAUCGAGAGGAGGAGGCGCACAUUGUAGUUACCGCUACAGUUAAGAACCUCAUGCUGGAUAUGAACCACCCAGGGAUGGUUAUGGGUGAGGUAGAGAUAAAAAGGGUGUUCAAAGGAGGUGCUUUACUCAAUAAUUUUAUAAAACCAACAAGAAAUAGAAUUCGGCAUAGGCGAUUACAUCAAAGGAUACAAGUGGAGGGUUUUCGUGACCCUAAAAUAUGUAAUAGUGAUAUUAGAAGGUCUGAUACACGAAUCUUAUUGCUAAAUGAAAAUGGAGAUGGACAUCUGAAAUUAAAUUCAAGCGUUUUAAGAAUUAAUAUGAUAAAUCUGGAUUAUACUUCGGCAGUUGUUAAAGAUGUACCAUUUGAACCCCCAAAAGCAGAACAACAAACCUCCUGUGGAAACUAUUUCUGUGCCUUCUAUGGGGAAUGCUACAUAGACAAAGUCAGCAAUGGUCCAGCAUGUAGAUGUCCUCUCCUACCCUGUCCUAAUGGCCACACCCCUGUAUGUGGGGAUGACGGAAUGACAUACAGGACACAAUGUCAUCUAGAACGGUCAAGUUGUAAGGAACAGAGAAGGAUCAAAAGAAAGCAUCCUGGUGAUUGUAAAGGAAAAGAACCAGUCCAUGGAGGAUGGAGUGCAUGGGGAGACUGGUCCCCUUGUUCUGUAUCUUGUGGGGCAGGGAAGAAGAGGAGGUUUAGAGAUUGUAAGAAUCCAGCACCAUCACCUAUGGGGCGUUAUUGUGGAGACUCAUGGAUGCAGGAAGAUAACUGCUUUAUUGAAUGUGACCCAUGCGCUGGAUUUUCCUGCCCAUAUCCUCAGGCAUGUAUGCUGGAUGCAAAAAGACAACCCACCUGUCGAUGUAAUACCGUAUGUCCUGACGAGGUCAAUAUGGUAUGUGGAUCGAAUGGCCAUACAUACAGUAACCAGUGUUGGUUAGAGAGAGAGGCUUGUCGCAGCCAGACAGACUUAAAAGUUUUACACCCAGGCCGAUGUAAAGAUUUAUUUACCAAAUCUAUUUUAGAUGAGGACAAUCCUUGUAAACUGAUCAAAUGUGACUAUGGGGAAGUCUGUAGGAUAGACCAUGAGGGCAAAGGUCAUUGUGAAUGUCCGCCAUCUUGUCAGCUGGUCAUCAAUAAAGUUUGUGGUACUGACGAUGUGACCUACGAUAACGAGUGUGAACUACGGAGAAGAGCUUGCCAGAAUAAAACUGUGGUUGAUAUAAAGCAUUUAGGAGCAUGUGGUGGAGAACAUUGUAAGACACGAUGUGGGCAUGGUGCAAGAUGUGUAAAACAAAAUGGUGUCGAAACAUGUGUAUGUCCACAUAAAUGCCAGGAUGGAUAUUUUGAACCAGUAUGUGGUAGUGAUGGGAAGACAUACAAGAAUUUCUGUAGACUCCAGGAAUACAAUUGUCAUCAGAAAACUAAUAUCAUCAAGGAACAUGAUGGACUUUGUAAUGGCUGUGGUAAACAAGAAACAUGUGAACAUUACUCCUUUUGUUAUCGUUCUGGUAACAGUGCUAAAUGUGUCUGUCCAACGUGUGAAGAGAAUACAGUUGCCAAGGUUUGUGGAUCAGAUGGAAGGACUUAUGAGAACGAGUGUAAAUUACGUAAAACUUCCUGUAUGAACUCUACAUUUAUAACAGUGGCAUCUGAUGGAGAAUGUGUGAAGGAUCCUUACAAUGCGAUGUGUAGAAGAAGGAGGUGUAAGUUUGGAGAGAUCUGUAGAAAUGACCACUGUGUAUGUCCUAGAAGCUGUCCACUACAUGGAGAUCCAAUCUGUGGAAGUAAUGGAAGGACAUACAGAAACAAGUGUGAGAUGAUGAAGGAGGGGUGUAGACGGAGAGUAGAUUUGACAAUACAACAUAAUGGCAGAUGUGAAGAAACAUGUGACCCAAGAAUAAAUUGUCCAGAGACAGUCAGAAUGGUUUGUGCAAACAAUGGCAAGACUUAUAUAAAUGAAUGUACAAUGAAGAAGGAAGCUUGCAGACUUAAUACCAAUCUACAGAUAGUAGAUUUAGGUUCAUGUGAAGAUGAACAUGAGGGCUCAACCUCUGGAGAUGGAGGCUCUGGUGAUGAGGAAGUUUUAUUGAUUUGUGAGGAAGAUUUGAACUGUAGAUUUGGUGGGAAAUGUGUAGCAGACGGUCACAUUGGUCAUAGGUGUGAUUGCAACAAGAACUGUAAAGCUGUCAGACAAACAGUUUGUGGAUCUGAUGGGAAGACUUAUGGUAGUUUGUGUCAGUUGCAAGAAGAGGCCUGUUUACAACAGAAAGAAAUUGUCAAAAUUGAUUUAGAAAAUUGUAAUGAAAUGGAAGAAGUGUCAUGUGAUGGGUUUUCCCCAUUGGUUAAUCCAGUGACCAAUUUAGAAUAUUACUGUACGGAGGAGAAUAGUUGCCCAGAAAAGAGUUACUGUCACCUUAAUUUCCAUACAUGCUGCAAAGAAGAAUUUCAGAAUGAUGUUAUAGAAGAUUGUAGCAAGACCCCUUAUGGAUGUUGUGCUGAUGGAAUUACAGAAGCAUCAGGACCAAAUUUUGAUGGAUGUACCAGUGUAUGUACAUGUAAUCGCUACGGUACCAUUGACAACACAUGCCAUCCAAAUACAAAUAAAUGUGAAUGUAAACAUGGAGUGGGUGGAGCAAAGUGUAAUUUAUGUCUCCCUGGAUACUGGAAUCUAAAGGGCAUAAAUGGAUGUUCACGUUGUGAAUGUAAUAGAUAUGGGUCAACAAGAACAGAUUGUGAACAGAGCACUGGUCAAUGCCAGUGUAGACAGGGUAUGACUGGAUUAAAGUGUGACAAGUGUACCAAUGGACUACAGAUUGGUAUAAAUGGAUGUGAUAUUUAUGGUGUAUCAAUACAAGGUACUUGCAUGGAAUUGAUCUGUGGCUUUGGUGGUGAGUGUAAAGAACAAAAUGGCAGGGCAUAUUGUGAUUGUAGUAAUCUCCCUUGUUUACCGAAAGAUCAUAAAAACUCUGCAGUAGUAUGUGGCAGUGAUGGCAGGACGUACCAGUCAGAAUGUCAACUACAGAGAACUUCAUGUGAACAACAAACACAUCUGUACAUGCACCACCUAGCUCCAUGUCAUAUAAAUGAUGACAGAAAAACCACAGCACCUAUGCAUCCUAAUAGACUUUCUAGGAAGACAACAAAACACACAGAUGAUGGAGAAGCCGAUAUUACAAGGUCAACAGAAAAACCUAAAGGUCAAACAGGUCCUAGGUCUUCUCCUAUAGUUAAAAUUCUAGACAGAUGUCUCAAUGGUGACUAUUGUUCAGCUGGUAACAGUCAAUGUCGACAGGGAAUCUGUCAGUGUAACCAAGGAUACAUGUCAUCAUCAGAUCUAAAGGAAUGUGUGGAGGUGGAAACACUAAGACCUGAUGAACAUAUAACAGAUGAUUCCUGUAUAAAUAAUCCUUGUCGUAACAAUGGUUUAUGUCGAUUAGACAGAGAUUUGGGUUACAGGUGUCUAUGUCCGAUUGGUAGACUUGGAUCUAUUUGUAAAGACAAUGGACGAAUCACUACUCCAUCCUUUUCUGGCAUGUCACAGUUGAUAUUACGACACUACAUCCAAACUGACCAUGAGAUAAUUAUUGAUAUCAGUUUUAAAGCCUUGAAUUAUGAUGGACUACUACUGUUUAGCAGCCAGUUUCCUAAUGGGUCUGGAGAUUUCUUGUCGCUCUCACUUAGAGAUGCAUAUGUAGAGUUCAGAUUUGAUGUUGGUGGUGGUCCCAUGAUACUGAGAAACAGACAUAGGAUACAGCUCAACCAAUUUAUCCAUGUGACUGCCAGUAGGGACGGUAAGGACGGCUCACUUACAGUAGACAAAGAAUCUCCAGUGUUAGGGACAGCUCCAGGAUCAUUGGUAUCUCUUAAUUUAGUAGACAGACCAUUUUAUUUAGGAAAUCCACAAAGUGAAAUAAAUAAGGAAUUCAAGCAGAGACUGCCAAUGGGGUUUGUCGGUUGUAUUAAAACAUUCCAUGUGAAGAACAAACUGAGAACGCACCUUUAUGAUCUAUCGUACCCACAAGUUUCAGAUCAUAUUAUGUCAGGGUUAGAUAUUGCUGAAUGUGGGAGUAAUUCUUGCAACAGUUUGCCAUGUAAAUAUGGAGGAACUUGUCUUGCUAAAGAUUCUGAUGUUUAUAGCUGUGUGUGUAAGCAUGGAUUUACAGGGCGUGAUUGUGAAAUAGUAUUAGAUCCAUGUGUAAUGGCUAACUGUCAUGAGAGUUCUACUUGUCAGAUCUAUGGAAGCUCAUACAAAUGUAUUUGUAGUCCUAACAGAGAGGGGGAAUUCUGUGAAUUUGAAAAAUUACAGCCAAUAGAUGUACCCGAGUUUUCAGGAAACUCUUUCCUUGAACUACCACUGGGUGAUAUAGGGAGUACAGCCAUGACAUUUACAAUCUGGUUCAAGACAUCCAAACCUAACGGAGUAUUGUUUUAUGCCAGCACAUAUGCAGGAGGCAAUGGAGAUUUUAUUUCUCUAAAUAUUGUGGAUAGACGGGUUGAGUUCAGAUUCAACAUGGGAAGUGGUACUAUUGUUAUAUCGAGUGAUGCAGUUAUUUCCCUUGAUACAUGGCAUGAAGUGAUGAUUGAUAAAACCAAGAAAUUUGGUAUAUUGCUGAUCGACAAAAACCCACAAUAUAAUUAUACAGGGGAGUCUAAGGGAUUCUUAACAGAAUUAAAUUUAGACAACAGUAUUCUAUACCUGGGUGGAUUUAAAAGUAGAUUUGAUAUACCUGUGGAUUCAAAUAUAACAUAUAAUUUGACUGGAGUUAUACAAAGGAUUUAUAUAAAUGGUAAACUGUAUGAUGAUUUGAUGUCGUCAGCCAAAGAAAAGAUUAAUGUCCUCCCCUACAGAGGCUCUCCAUGUAAUGUUAAUCCAUGUUUGAAUGGUGGAGUUUGUAUACCAAAAAUGGAUCAGGUGGAAUGUAAAUGUCCCGCCAAAUUUAUCGGAGUUAAAUGUGAAAAAAGAGUAGACUCUGUUAACAGAGACAGACCUUUAUUAUUUGAUGGAGAAACAUAUUUACAGUAUUCUAAUGAGAUUUCAGAAGAAUCAGCAGCACAAAGAUCUAAUAAAUAUUAUAUAAAAUUUCGAACAUUAAAAUCAAAUGGAUUAAUUCUAUACCAGAAUGGUAAAAGUAACGUUUUAGGUGACUAUUUAGCUAUAGCUAUUGUCCGAGGGAGAGUAGAAUUCAGUUAUAAUUUAGGAAAACAAUCAGAGAGAGAUUUACAUAUUAUUCAAUCAGCUGUUGAUGUUGAUGAUGGUGGAUGGCAUAAAAUAUUUGCUGAAAGGCAUGAAAGAGAAGGCACAUUAAAAGUUGACAAUGAGAAACUUAUAACAGAUUCCUCAACAGAGGGCGCUUCACAACUAGAUACAAAUGGUAUCUUAUUGAUAGGUGGGAAGACUCGUGUGAACAUAGAAUUACCAGAAGAUUAUAACCAAGGGUUCAUGGGAUGUAUACAACAAGUUCUAAUCAAUGACCGUGAACUACAUCUUGUUCAACACAGAAGGACAAGUUCAGCUGUAAAUUUCUGUGAUGCUAGAUGAUAAAUGUAAACGAUUCCAAACAUAAAUAUUUAAGAUAUAAAAUACCAUAUUGAAAAAUUAGUUUUCUGAUUCUCAGAUAAUUUUUCCCAUUCCAAAUUUCCCAUUUCAAAUGUAUUGUGAAAAUAGAAAAUGAAUAUUUCUCUAAAUGGUUGUAGUUGGUUGCUAUCUGUCAUAUUUGUUUUCUUGUAUUGUUUUAGCAUAAACUAGGCUUUUUGAUUUUCUCUUUUGAAUGUUUCACAAAUUUUGUCAUGCUGGGGCCUUUUAUAAUUUACUAUACAGUAGGAGUUUUGCUGAUUGUUAAAAACCGUAAAGUGCCCUAUAGUUGCUUACAUCCUCAUGAUUUGGUCUCUGGUGAAUAGUUGUAAAUGUCUCAUUGGCAAUCACACCACAUCUUACUUUUAAAACAAUUCAGAAAGGAGAAAACUAAUGGACUGAUUAAAGUAUAAAACAAUAAAGCAAAAACAAAUAUGGUAUACAGCAACAAAUAACGACCUCUGAAUGUGUAUAUUUGUGUUACUUGAAAACCGCCCAGAGUUGGUAAAAGCUGUCUGUAAUAAAAUUAAUGACACUUAAUAAAUGAAUAUGAAGAUUUUCUGUUUCAUUUUCAAAUUAAUAGUAUUAUAAUAUUGAUUUAUUAUGUUCUAUCUUUAUAUAAAAAAAUCAACACUUGUUUUUUACAUGAUGACUAAUGGGUAUUAUAUUAUAUGUUUUGUAUGAAUUAUUGUAAAUUUUGAUUAUGUACAUAAUGUCAUGUUGUUAAAUUCUGCUGUGUUCUGAACAGAUCCGGUUGUGACAAUAGUUUUAGUAUUUUUAUGACAGAAUGAUUCUUGUGUUUUCAGAGGCCAUCUUUUAGGAUCAUUACUUCUGAUGUUAAAUUUGGUUGAAAUCAAAAAACAAUUUAAAGUUUAAAAAUAUUGAUUGAAGCAAGAAUUCCUGUAGGAUUUGUUAUUUGUAUAUACAUAGAGAUUCUAUCAUGCAACCUCAUUGAUUACAAUAGUUAACUCUACUGGUAGCUAGUUGAAUUUUCAAUCUUCAAACUUCAAAGGAAGCAUUUAGAUAUUUGAAAUUUAAAGUCUAGAGAGAGGAAAAAUAUUGUAAUCAAUCUAAUAAAGUGGUAGAAUUUGUUUUUCUGAAAAAUUAAUGGAAAUUGGUGAGUGCAAUGUUCCGAAUGGUUUGGCAGGAAAUUACACAAAAAAUAUAUAUCAAUGUGGGGUUUUAUCAAACUGGUAACAAUUUUAUUAAAAGGCAGAAAAGAAGGUAAUAAAGACAAGUAUUAUUGAUAUUAUUUACUUCAUAUUUAUCAAUCAGAUUCAUCAUGUAUAAGUGUAUCAAACAUUUUUUAUCUUUCAUUUGCUUAUUCCUUUAUUCAACAAGGUAAAUUCUUUCUAUAACACAUUUUAAUAUAAAACAUGCCAUGAAUUCUAAAUCUGAAGAUUAUAUUUUGAUUGGAGUUACUUCCCUUUUUAUAAGAAGUGGUCUUUAUUCAUUUCACUGUACAAGUGUAAUGGUAUUGUGUGAAGUUUAGAAUAAACCUUAGAUGUCAGAAAUUUUAUAAAGCAUCCUGAGUGGACAAUCAACUUUUACCAAAAGACUCCCUAAAUUAUUGAACAAUUUAUACACCUUGUUCUCGAAUUUAUAUCAGAUAUGAUAUUGUGAUUUUAAUCAGAUUUUGUUAGUUGUUAAUCUGGAUUUGUCCCUAGAGAUUUAUGAUACAUGCAGUAAAAGACCUCUGGUACAGUUAUUUCUGCUUUUAUUUUUAUGUGGCCACAAUCAGCUGUGUUAUAGAAAAAUAUGUGUUAGGCCAGUAAGUUAAUGUAUUGAUAGAUUUAUAUUUUGAGUGAUUGGUGGUCUUGAAAUGAAAUUACUUCAUAUGUGACAAUUAUAUAAAGCCUUAUAAACACCUUAUAUUGUUGGAGACUUUACAGCACAGAAAAGAUUCCAUAGAACAGAUUGAUACACUUACAUUGUAUCAGUCAAAAGUCAGAUUCUGAGCCAAGUGAUCAGGUAUCUGGAUGCAUACAUCAUCAUCCAAAAAUUCCAGUACAUCUGGUUUUGUAACCCCCCAAAAAAUUAGUCAAGAAUUUCACAAGUUUGUACAGAUAUUUUGUAGGGUAUAGGUAUAUGUUAUACCAUGAAAUCUAUAUGGACUGAAAACAUGUAAGAAGCAAGGUUAGAGGGUAUUUACUAAAUUGUUUUCAUUAACAAGACCUUUUAUAUGUUAGAAUAUUGCAAAGUGCUCUCGACCAAUGAAAUUGUAGGAUUGGAUGCCUCUUAAUUGUGAAGAAUUAAUGUAAAUCAUGUUCUUAGUAAGGGAUUAUCCUAUUAUUUGGGUCUAUUUACAAUUCAAAACAAAGAGUUUCUAUAAAUGAGCUACAACUGCCCCGAAGCACAUUUAUCAGAUUGGGAGGAUUUAUCACACAGCGUGAUUGAAACUGACUAAAAGUUGAAUUGUCAAACUAACAAAAAUCUCAAAAUAGUUGAUGUUUACUGGUGCAGUAAAAUUGAUACCGUGAAUGUUAUUAUGAAAAUAUUAAUAACUCCAAAUUACUAAAAAAAUUAAACAAUACCAAAGCAAAGCAAAAAAAGAAAAAAAAUCUUUCAGAUAAAAAAAUAACCUAAAUCUUUAGCUUUCUAAAACUUUGAUUACUUGAUAAGUGUUUGGGAAGAAUAGUUAUUUCCAAUAUUUCGAUAAAAAAAAAACAGGAAUGAACAUACUAAAAACUUUUAAAGGCAUUAUUUUUGAACAUUUCCCUGAAAUAAUGAAAUAUUAUUUGAUGUAAAAAGCCGGACCAAAAUAUUGGCUGUAAAAUAAAAUUUAGUUGUAACUCAAAUGUAUUAAUUGAUUUAAACUGUAAAUAAAAAAAGGAUAAUUCCUCACUAAAAUAUUACAUGAUUUAAAUUCAUACUCACAAUCAGGAAACAUAUACAAUUCCUACCUUUUCUUUCUACUGUUGUGUCACCUAAUAUCUAUAACGCUUUUUUUUUUUUUGAAAUAUUUGCCAAAUGAUAUGAAAAUUCUUACAUCACUAAAACUAAUACAUAAAUGACAUGCCGAAAAAGGAAGUCGUGCAUCAAUUAUAAACAUUGCACUGACAAUGAAACUAAUUCUUGAAUAGAUCAUUUGAGCCUUGAGCACUUUAUAAUAUUCUAAGUUUGUAAGAGAAUUAUAAUCCAUUACUUCAUGAAGAAAAGGAUUAUCAUUCUCUUACAUAUACUUGUGGACUGUAUGUAAACUUCAUUAAACAGAUUUUAUGGAUGAAUUAUGAGGAGUGAUAGAACAAUUUUAUAGAAAUUAUUUUGCUAGAAUGAUUCUGAUUACUUCAAGUCAAUCAGUAACAUUGUCAUUUGUGACCAGUGGCCCUGUGGUUCUAAGUAGUUCAGCUACACUAGAUAACUAGUCUGUCAACACUGAAGUUGUGAGUUCUAACCCUGUUCUGGCAGAGGCAAUCAACUCGGAUAAUGGAUUAGGGUUGCCUGUUUUCCAGCUAAAAGUCUAUGGUUCUCUCUGGGUACUCUAGCUACCUCCAAUAAUAAAAACUGACCACCAUGAUAUAACAAAGAGGGCAGAAAUUUUUGUUAAACACCAACAAUCAUUCGAGACCAUUUUCUUAAAUUUUGUAUUUUGGUAUCAAGAUAGCUAAUGUGGAAACCAUCUGUUUAAAAGACUAUUACAACAAUGAAUGAAUAAAUCAUGCUUUAUGUUCCGCACUGAUAUUUUUACCGGUGACUUGGUUUAUGUACAGAGAUAUUACAUGUUAAUCAACGGGUAUUUUGUCAAGUAGAAUAUUUUAAUCAAGCUUACCUGUUCAGUUGAUAUAGUUCUGGAGACAAUAUUUAAAGAAAAUAAUUAGGUAGCAACAUUUGUGAAAAACAGCAUGUCAAAAAUUUAAAUGCCUUAAGACUUCAAAAUUUUGAAAUGCCACAGUUAUCUGCUGUAGGAGGAUAAAAAUAAAUUCUCUAUGUAAAUGUUUGUCAUUAGACAAAUUUCAGCCUAAAUUAUUGCGAUGUUAUUAUUAUAGCGAAAAAUGCGACAGGGUUAUAAUCGCAAUAAUUUAAACUCGCAUUUUGAAAUAUUUUAUAUGAAUUUAACAGGAUUUUUCUCAAUAUCGCAAAUAAUUUGUGUACACUAUGGAAGUGGACCCCUCCCCCCUUAUUCCCAUGUAUACCUUGGCCUUAUAUAAAUGUAAUGUGUAUGUGUGACAACUAAUGUGAACUCAUAAAUGGUGGGGUGCUAUAACAUGGUUGGAAGCAAGAUCAGAUCCUAUACAGCCACUGAAAGAACCAAGCUGAAUAGAGUCUAAUACUCCUACCGCCAUGUAUAACCACAUAGACAUAGGUUGAGGAAAACAUAUUACGGGUUUGGGCGAAUAACCACAGUUUAAUUAAUCUUUGCAUCAUAUAUAAAGACAAUUAACAAUGAAACAAUAAUAUUUUCAUUUUGCACAAAUAGUCUUUGAAAAAUCUGGUACUCCACUAGAAAUUUUUUCUGCCAAAAAUUAAAAAUGUCUGCAGACGCCGCUGGUAAAUUUGAAAAUGAAUAAUUGCGCUCUUGUUAAAACAAGAGCCACUAAUUAGUACCCUGAUUGGAUAAUUCAAAUAAAUACUGGGCCCUGAUUGGCUAAUGUCUUAGUAACCUAAAUAGCAACUUAAUUAAUUAGUAAGGGCUGCAGAUACUGGGAAAAACUCAAUCUGAUUGGUUAAAUGCAAUUGUAUCUCUUAACAACAUAUUAGAUCAAGUUCCCCCUAUGUUAAUGCUUCAUUUAAAUAAAAUGAACACAAAAUUAAAAUUGCAUUUUAGUCUAAAAUGACAAAAUCGCAAUAAUAAAUGCACGCAAUAAAUUCUGAAUUUACAGUAGUGUAAUUAGAAAUAUUUCUGUGAUAGCUUGGAGACCAUAUACUUAUUGUUUAAAGCAAGCUUAAAGAAAACUCCAAGUAUCAUUUAUAUGAAAGCAAGUUAAUGCCAUGCUCCAAUUAUAUUUUAUAAUGAAAGCUCUAAAAGUUGUGUAUUGUGUACAGUGCUGCAUGGAUACAUUGAACUUCCAUAAAUAGUAUUUUAAAAAAAAAAUUUAGCUUGUUUCUAGAAUAAAUAUGAAUUCUCAUCUAUGCUAUGUGAUCUUUGUUGAGCUUAUAAUUGACAUUUGAAAUCACUGUAUGGAACUUGAUUUUUUUAAGAGGAGAUAUUUGUCAUGCUAGCUUUGUUAUUUUAUCUAAGUUUUAGUAGUUUGUGAAUGUUAAAGAAUUCAUGUAAUCACGAUACAUAUGAAUCCUACCUAUUAUAGAAUAAUUGUCCUAAAACAUUUCAUGUCAGAAAGGACAUUUUGUAAUUAUUGUCAAAUUAUAGUUAAUCAGUUACCACGUGAUUAUAAAUCACCUGUUUUAAUCUAAGUUUGCUUUAUGGGGAGGAAAUUGAGAGAUUUAUAAAAGGGUCAUCAAACAUAUAUGAGAGUAGAUUUCUUAAUUUCAAAAAAAGAUAUUGGAAAGCUGUUGAGAUAAAAUUUGACUUCUUUCACAAGUUGUUACAAGUAAGAUUAUAAAAUGAAGAUAAAAAAUGAAUACAAGUAAGAUUAUAAACUGCAGAUAGAAUAUGUAUGUAUGUUGCAAUGUGCCAUAAUUAUGUAUGUGUAUUGAUAUUGUGAACAAUUUUGACAUGUUACUUAUCACUAGAACUUUCAUAUUAAUAUUUUUGUGGUAUUGGCUCAUAUUAUGGCUUCCAAAACAGCCAUAUUGAUCAGACAAGUCUGGGAAAUUAUAUACUCAAUUGGUUGUGCUGAGCAUGAACCAGUCAUCUAACAUGGCUUUGCCAUUUUAACAUAAUCCAGAGGGAGAAAAAAUGAGGAUUAUGCGAUCUUUUUGAUCUGACCUUUUGCCUUAAAUAGUCACACAUUUUCGGUCAUAUACUAGAAUGAAAUAUUAGACAUUUAAACAGAUAGUUAGGAAAAGGAAAGCCAAUCAUACAUUAUGAUGGACAAUGAAGCAUAUCAUAUGUAGGACAUUUUUGCAGAAGUAAAGCAUUGUAAUCAUGAUGGAUUGGGGUUGAGGUCAAAGUUCCUUCAAAAUAUUCAAUACUGAUAGAUGGAUAGUGUUGCCUAAGUAACAAAGUUUUCGUGUAAAGUUAAACAGACAGCAACAGACUGUAAAAUACUAACAAUUUUAAUGACAGAAUUAUCUGUUUUUACUGUGAAUACUUAUUGGUUAAAAAUAUUAUGAAUCCAGUGAAAUAUUAUACUGAAAUAUUAAAAUGUUUUAUAUAUAA